UUGGGGAUCCUGGGAGGAGGAAGGCUCUUCAGGCUUCCAGACACAAAGCCCCAACAGGAGCACUGUUUUCUGCCAAGCAGGUCUCAGUAAAAUUAAAGAAUUCUCUCCAAUGAGGUGAUCUGAGAGUUCCUCUGUGGCCAAAAUUUAUUUGCUGAUGAACUGAUGCUGUAAUGGAAGUUUUAUCAGUUGUUUUUCAUUACUACCACUCACGAGAGCACCAGCCAUGGGGCUGCUUGUAUCUCCCUGUAAGCACCCUACCUGUCUCUGACCCAGCUAGAUCUUGCCUCAGGCCAUGCCAGCACCACGUUAGACAUCCUCUAACCUGCUCCAGAGAAGUAUCUGAGUGCUGGGCAGAGAUAGCAGCGUGGGUCCUGGAAACAUAACUACCUGGUAGAGCCCCAUGGGGAUGGGAUCUUGGGCACCUCUUGAGUCACCAUCCCCAGUCCCCUCCCUGCGAUCCAUAAAUGCAGGCAUUCUGCCAUCCCCUACCAAACACCAUUCAAAUACGCCAGUAGAUGAGUUGGAGGACACUCCCCAUCCCACUAAAACCCCUAAGCUUUUGAAUUUCUUCCCAGUGCUCUGGCGAAACCAUGGCACAGGAGCAGACACACAGGACGUGGCACCCAGUGUCCUAUUAAGGCACGCAGCCCGACCAUGGCAACUCUCCUUCCUCUUCACGCUCAGAGGCAAGAAAAUCUCCCGUCCUUAUGUCUUCUCCUUUUCUUGCAGGCUUGCUUGAAUCUGCAGGAAGAUGUCUCGCUUCUUAGACAGCAUUUCCACCAUCAUCACUGUCUUUCACAAACAUGCAAAGGAAGAUGGAGACUGCUCCAACCUCAGCCGCAGGAGGAUGAAAGAGUUCAUCCAGAGGGAGUUUGCAGAUGUUAUAGCUAAGCCGCAUGAUCCUCAGACAAUUGACAAGAUUCUGCACUUUCUGGAGUGGGAUGAGGAUGGGGAAAUAGAUUUUAAUGAGUUCCUGCUUUUGGUGUUCAGAGUGGCUAAAGCCUGCUACUGGUACCUGCCGAAGGGACCAUGCCUUCUGCAAAGAACAAAGCUGACAACCAGUGGCAAGUCACUCCAAGAGCCUGAGAUUAAGAACAGAGGAAGCCAUUGGCAGCUCCAGGAGGAGGAACAACAAACCUGUGAGAGAAAUCAUAAUCCUCCCUGUGAACCUGAGCUGCAACAAGACACCAGGGUCAACAAGCUUGAAACCCCAGAGGAAAGGGGGAGUCAUCACCAGCAACGUAACAAGCAAAGCAGAAACGAUGCAAAACGAAGCAAUGACCUGGGGGAACCAAUGCCUCAGGGAUACGAAGAACGAAGCCAAGAGCCAACCAACCAAUGGAACAGCCAGAGAAGCCAUCGGCCACGGGAGCCAGCGGGACGAGGAGAUGUACAACUCAGCAAGCACAGCAACGUGCGAGCACACGAGCCUGUAGUGCAGGCAGAAGACAGACAAAAUCGAGAGGGGCCUCAGCCAGAACAACUGGCAGAUGUGAGAAGUCGCAGCCAGACCUGUGAACCCCAGCCACUGCCAAACCGGUGGAGUAGACAUCAGCCACGUGAGCCAGCAAUACCAGGAUAUGAUCAGAAAAACCAGAGGCCACAAGAAGCAGACAGAUGCAGACACAAUCAGCCACAUAAACCUGAAUUACUCAUAGUAGACAGAAGCCACUACCACCUACGUGAGCUGGAACAAAAAGCACUUCAACACAGCAGCCACCAAGCACAUGAGCCUGUACGCCUGGAGUCAAGACAGCCACAUCAGUCAUACAUACAGGAACCGCUAGAACUUGACCUCAGGUACUAUGAGAUCCAUGAGCAAGAAAAAGAAAUUUAUGAACAAGGAAAGAACCAAGAACACGAGUUAGAAUAUCCAGAGACGGAAAAAGACAUCCAUCAGCCUCGGAAGUGGGAAGAAAGACAUGAAGCAAGGAGGAAAGAACCUGCAAGGGAGAGGAGGAUCAGUCUCCAAGGGGAGCUGGAGGUGGAGGUCGAUGAGCGCCGCAGCCGCCAGACACGCGAAAGGGAAGAGCGAGGUGCCACCACCAACCAGAGGGACACACGCGAGAGAUGUCACUGUCAGCCAGGCGAGCCUGAACACGAUGGAAGGAGAGAACGCGAGUCCGUGAGGUACGAAAGGUCACGAGAGACUGAUGUAGUGGCAGAAGAAGCCGAGGUGACGGUCCAGCGCGUGUCCCGGGACGCAGAGACCCGUGAGGACGUGGAAAGGAGGGACCGUCAGCGUGAGCGCGAAGAAUCAGAGGGUGAGUGGAGGAUGCGCCGAGGAAGAGAGAGGGAAGAGCCCACGCGGGAGAGGAGGAUCGAUCUCCAAGGGGAGCUGGAGGUGGAGGUCGAUGAGCGCCGCAGCCGCCAGACACGCGAAAGGGAAGAGCGAGGUGCCACCACCAACCAGAGGGACACACGCGAGAGACCUGACUGUCGGCCAGGCGAGCCCAACAACGAUGGAAUGAGAGAACGCGAGUCCGUGAGGUACGAAAGGUCACGAGAGACCGAUGUAGUGGCAGAAGAAGCCAAGGUGAAGGUCCAGCGCGUGUCCCGGGACCCAGAGCCCCGUGAGGACAAGGAAAGGAGGGACCGUCAGUGUGAGCGCGAAGAAUCAGAGAGUGAGAGGAAGAUUCGCCGAGGAAGAGAGAGGGAAGAGCCCACGCGGGAGAGGAGGAUCGAUCUCCAAGGGGAGCUGGAGGUGGAGGUCGAUGAGCGCCGCAGCCGCCAGACACGCGAAAGGGAAGAGCGAGGUGCCACCACCAACCAGAGGGACACACGCGAGAGACCUGACUGUCGGCCACGUGAGCCCAACGACGAUGGAAGGAGAGAACGCGAGUCCAUGAGGUACGAAAGGUCACGAGAGACCGAUGUAGUGGCAGAAGAAGCCGAGGUGACAGUCCAGCGCGUGUCCCGGGACCCAGAGCCCCGUGGGGACGUGGAAAGGAGGGACCGUCAGGGUGAGCGCGAAGAAUCAGAGGGUGAGAGGAAGAUUCGCCGGGCAAGAGAGAGGGAAGAGCCCACGCGGGAGAGGAGGAUCGAUCUCCAAGGGGAGCUGGAGGUGGAGGUCGAUGAGCGCCACAGCCGCCAGACACGCAAAAGGGAAGAGCGAGGUGCCAUGAGGUCCCACAGAGAGACAUAUGUUGGAAACUCCCUCCCGGUACCUGAAGAGGAACAGGAGAGUGACAUUCUGCAGAACCAUCAGGCAAAGGAAUUACAGUGUGAGCCGUCUGUGGGCAUCUGCUGUGAGCCCUCAGAAAGCCAAGAAUGGAGCAACCACAGACAUGAGGAAGAAGCACGUAAGCCAAACAGGAGUCAGACACAUGAGGAUGAAGGACGAACGCACAAGAAGAGCCUCUACCAAACCGUGGAGGUGGAUAACAGAGAUCUCUGCCCCCCAGGAGAGCAGGCUUCGGUUACCGACAUGAGGGUCUCUUAUAUCCCUGCUGAGCCUGAUGUACGGCCAGAGGUGCAGGUCCUCCCUCAGUCCUUCGAGCCUCAGACCAUUGCAUACUUGGUCCACGUGAUCCAGAAUUUGAACAAUCCUGAAGCUACCAUCUACAAAAUCAUCUGCCACCAUCCUGACCACCCAGGGCAACCCAUCUACGUGAAGAAGUGCUACAUGUCCCCCCAGCCACUGGCAGUCCCAUGUGACAGGAGCAACCACCCAGAGCCACCACCCCAGAGGGACGAGCAAGAAACAGGGGAGCCUGAACUGCCACGGCAAGGGGGCGCAGCAGCUUCAAGCUCCCAGGAAAACACAGGGGAUCUCAAUGGGCCACAGGAGAGGUCUGAAAUGGGGGUGAAGGAAGGGGCUCACCAGGCUUCUGCCUCUGAGACGGAUGGUGUUAAGGGUGACCCUUGCCAGGCAAAGCCCAAGGAGGACAGGAGGGACAGCCAGCACCCCAAGUUGCCCGACACAGAAGAGAAGGAGCAUCAGCCCCAGGGAGAUGGAUCAAAAGCUUCCAGGGAGCAGGUCCCACAGGAGCCCAAAUCCAGCUGCCAGGGGAGGGAACGUGAGGACAGGGAGGCCAAGAGCUGCCUACCCCUGCUCCAGGCUCCAGAGCCACGGGAAGCUUGGGAGACAGGCCAGCGAGCCACCGAAGAGAGCCGUCCCCAGCCGAGAGAUGAAGUGAGCUGCUGCCAUGAGGAUGUAGAGCUUCCCCCACUGGAGAAGAGCCACCAGCCAUGGCAAGAGGAGAACAGCAAGAGGAAGCCCCAGCAAGCGAGCAAUGCCCAACCUCAACAGGAGGAGGAACCAUGUCUUUGCACCAAGCAGACCCAGGGCCCCCCGGGCCCCUCCGUCUCACAGGAGGCACCGAGCCAUCCUCCUGCAGAUGAAGCCAAGGCAUCUUAA